CUUCGCGUAGAUAAAAAAAAAUUGUGUAAAUAAUAUAAUCACGCAAGAUAUUUUCACAUCGGGCACAAAGAGCAUUGGUAAGAGGGGAUCGAAGGCGGAUAUAUCCUUUGGAAUGGAGGAUCAAAGUCGACGUUCUUCUCGAAGAUUCUUCGAAAGAGAUAGAACCAAAUUUUCUGGUAUUCGAACAAUGUCCAAACAGGAGAUAAGGUCAGCGCACACGAAAUGAACACGGUAGACAUAACGGCCCAAUCUUCAGUCCCCAUGCACCUUGCUGGCUUUUGCGUUCACAUUGUUUUUCUGGCACAGUCGGUGUCUAUCCUGUCGAGGUUACUGGACGCUUUGAGAUACGUGAACGAAAAAUAAGAGUGGAAAGUUCUUCGUCCUCGUUAAAAUGUCCCGUAAAUCAUUGUUCUUUAUUGUGCUGUUAUUCAGUUUUACGCUACGUGGUGAAGGCAAGUCGAUCGAAAAUCAAAAUUUUCAGUCAAAUGUUAAAAACGAUGGUUCCGAGACUCAAGGCGAACCUUUAACAGAAAACUUUAAAAUUGUAAAAAAUGAAUAUCCAAGUGGGAAAAUAACAAACCAUAAUAAUCGUGUUGAAAAUUCUAACGAAAGAAAAUCUAAAUCCUUAAGUGAAAAUAAUCGAGUAUGCCCUUACGAGAACAAAAAGUUAUGCCUAAUUUUUUCUUUGUCGAAGAUUGCCAAAGUUCAAGUGGCUGCGUCAAGCAAAGCUUCCACCUCGAGAUCAAAUAACUUUGAUAACCCUGCGCCGAAAGAUGUGAGGAAUUUGAAAAUUAAUAAGGAGACGAGGCAAAAGGAGGGAUUCGAUUUUGGAAAUGAAGAUUUACAGAAUUUUUCGAUGGAGCAGGGAAAAUCGUCGAUCGUUCACUGCAGAGCAAUUCGUGAUGUUUACAUACCAGAGGUGAAACGGAACUUACCAGCUGUGGCGUGUAAAUUUGGCAACAAUACUUUCGUUUUAUCAAGCGAGAGAUUUCUCGACGAUCGACGAUUAUAUCUGGAUAUAAGAAUCGACGAGAAUGUAUUUGAAAAUAUAAAGCAUAAUGCCUCGAAAAUGUCCAGAAGCAACGAAUCGAACGUGAUACCUGCUUUGCUUGUUUUAAACACGGCUAAUAAUAAUUACAGGAUAGAAACCCAUAAAAUUACGUCCGGCGAAGAAGUUAACAAGACGGAGGGAAAUCGGUAACAAAUUAUCGAGCGAGUAAUGUUCAAGUACCCGGUGGUAAUUUUCAAUUAUCUUCCGUUAAGUAAAUAACGCAUGUAUAAAUUACGAUAACUGUGCGUCUUUGAGAUAGUUGGAACAAAAAAAAAAAUAAAUAAAUAAACUAUCUUCUAUAAGUAUAAUUCGAAUACAACAUUUAA